GUCUAGUUGAAAAAAAGACCAAUCAUCAUUAUCAUCAUUCCGGAGUAACAAUGGUGGUCUACGAGGUGACCGUCUACACUGGCGACCGCGUUCAUGCCACCACGUUGAACUACAUCCACAUUAAGCUGGUGGGCACCGAAGGCGAGAGUGACCGAACGUGGCUGAUGUCUUUGAUUAUCUUCAGGGGAUCAGUGGCUACUUAUACUGUGACCUGCGAAAACUCUCUAGGACAGCUACUUCUGAUAGAACUGGAAAAACAAAAAAAUUUCAUGGUCCUUAGUGACGCUUGGUUCCCUGACAAGGUGGAAAUCAAAUCACCCGAGGGCGACGUUUACACUUUCCCCGUCUACUGCUGGAUCAGUGACACUGAGACUCACCGCUACAGAGAGGGAAAAGCUCUGAGGAUCUUUGAAGAAAACAACUCUCUUGGUCAGUACGCACGGGAGCAGGAGCUGAGCCAGCGGAGUAAAGACUAUAGCUGGGACAUGUAUCACCCAGGCCUGCCAUACAGCAUUAAGGCAGAUGGUCCCCUUACCCUGCCGGAUGAGGUCCAGUUCUCCUUCACCAAAACUACACAGUUUGCCUUCACGGCAGCCAUUGGGUUAGCAGAGCUGAAGCUAAAGGGCCUGCCAGAAAACCACGACAGUUGGGAGAAUCUCGACGAUAUCAAUCAAGUGUUCUAUAAAAAAGACACAGCCUUAUCAGAUUACGUCCAGGAACACUGGAAGGAGGAUGACUUCUUUGGAUACCAAUAUCUAAACGGCAUCAAUCCCAUCCUGAUCCGACGUUGCAAAACUCUGCCGCCGAAUUUCCCCGUGACCAAUGACAUGGUUUGCAUGCCUGCGGGCUCAGACCUGUCUAAUGAGUUGAAGCAAGGCAACAUUUACCUGUGCGACUACAAGAACCUGGACGGAAUGCCAGCAAACACAGUCGUUGGAGAGCAGCAGUACUUAACGGCGCCCCUGGUUCUGUUUCACAAGAGACCAAAUGACAAGCUGAUGCCUAUCGCCAUUCAGCUGAAGCAGACCCCAGGUGAAGACAACCCCAUCUUCCUCCCCACUGACUCCACCCAUGACUGGCUGACGGCAAGGAUAUUUGUGAGAAGCGCCGACUUCACAGAGCAUCAGCUCAACACGCACUUGCUGCGCACGCACCUGCUGGCCGAGGUCUUUGCGGUGUCGUUGCUGCGCAACCUACCUAUGGUGCAUCACCUCUACAAGCUCCUCAUACCCCACACUCGCUACACCCUGCAGAUCAACGAACUAGCUCGAGAUACGCUGAUCGGCCCCACCGGAGUCUUCACCUUGUUUGCAGCUUCCGGCGGAGUUGCUUUAAACAGGAUCCUGGCGAGAUCGCUGUCCGCCAUCACCUACACUUCCCUUUGUAUCCCAGAUGACAUCACUGAGCGCGACAUGCAGGACGUCCCCAACUACUACUACAGGGAUGAUGGGCUCAAGAUCUGGAACAUCAUGUACAAGUUUGUGCAAGGACUGCUAGAGUAUUACUACAAAAGUGACGAGGACGUCCUGAAAGAUUCAGAACUGCAGACUUGGAUCGGGGACAUUUUUGAACAUGGCUUUCUUUCCCAGCCACAAACAGGAAUCCCUCAGAGUUUCACUACUGUGCCUGAGAUGAUCAAGUUCGUCACCAUGGUGAUGUUCACUUGUUCCUGCCAGCAUGCGGCUGUAAACAGCGGGCAGUACGACUACAGCGGUUGGAUGUCCAACAGCCCCACGACUUUGCAGCGUCCUCCCCCGACGAAAAAGGGGACAACGACAGAGGCCACAAUGUUGGACACGUUACCUCCCGUCAGUGUGACAGCUUCGAUCAUGAACGUACUGUGGCUGCUCAGCAGGCAGUCGUCAGACUUUGUUGCCCUGGGACACUACCCAGAGGACCACUUCACUGAAGAGACCCCCCGCCAGCUGCAGAGGGAGUUUAAAGCAGAGCUGGAGGUGCUGACUACAGACAUCAGGAAGAGGAAUGCAGAUCUGGAAAUCCCUUACACUUACCUGGAUCCAAAGAGCGUGGAGAACAGCGUGGCCAUCUAAAACUAGUCUACCAACGUGUCGUAUAUUUCUGCUUUGAUCUUAUGUUAUGCAUUAAUAUUUGCCUUUUUGCAUAAUAAUGAAUAAUAAUUUAUAUUUGCCUUUUUGCAAUGCUGAAAACAGGUACUGAAACAGAACCUCUAAAUAAGCAAAAUCAGAUAAAAGUGAAAGUAUAACUACUCACCUUUUGAAGGCACAGCAAGAUGUUUGCAGAACUGUACCUACACCUAGUGGCCUGUCAUAGGUAUUGCUUGAUUCAACUAAAUAAAGUGUCAUUUUUUUUGCAUCUGUUUGG